GACCUGUGUGGAUGCCCGUUUGUGCUAAAGGACUUGAGGAUAAUUCCAGAUCCCUUCUGGGAAACGACGACACCUGUCAGAGAAAAAGAGCCUCUGGAAAUGAUCACCAUGUUUAGAUCAAGCGGUGUUAUUGGCAGAAUCGAGUUAGAUGUACUCCGCUCUCUUGCACAGACUGGACACUGAUAUCAGUGUUUGCCACUCAAAGGCCCAAAUAAUCAGCAGCGGCAAUGAUUCUUCUGAUGAGACAGAUUUGGCUGACACACAGAGGCCCAGCAUUGAGGGAAGUGAAGAAGAUCUGGUGCUUCAGACUGACAUCUGGGUUGAGCUGUUGGCUCUGAGAGACUUGGUGGUGGAGCAAAGUGUAGAGCUUAGAUACUUGAAAGACAGAGUAACAGUUCUGGAUAGCCUGGUGGAGGACUUACAGAAAGAAAAUACAGUCAUGGAGGCCAGGAUGACUGCAGCUGAGAUCCUGGUUGAAGAACUGCAGAUGAAGAAUGAUGCUCAAGCUAGAGAUCUUGGAAUAGCUCAGCAGAAUAUCAGCUCUAUCCAGGAAACACUGACAGUCUGUGAACUUCACGUGGAGGAGGUGGAGAAACAGCAGGAAGCUCAAGCUAGAGAGCUUGCAGCAGCUCACCUGGAGCUCAGUGCUAUGAGGGAGACGCUGACAGUCAGUGAACUUCGUGUGGAAAUGCUGGAGAAACAGCGGGAAGUAGUGAAAGUGGCUUUUUCUGCCUCCCUCCUGGAAUCUGGGGAAGGUAACAUUGAAUAUGGCUCAGAAUUUGCAACACUCAUCUUCAGAAAUGUCUUUACCAACACUGGAAACCACUACAACCCAAACACAGGUUACUUCACUGCACCAGUAAGAGGAGUCUACUACUUUAGAUUUACUGGCCAUAUGGCAUACUCUGAGAAAAAUAUGAGGAUGAGACUUGUCAAAAAUUCUAAUGCCAUGGUUUUCAUUGGGGACUGUAAAACUCCAUCCACUGAUCCUGAGGACAAUGCAUCCAAUGGUGUGGUGUUGCAGUUAGAAGUGGGAGAUGUUGUUUCAGUACAACUGUCUGAUAGUGUUUGGGAUGACCAGUACCACAGAACAACUUUUAGUGGCUUUCUGCUCUUUCCUUCAUAAUUGCCAACAUAAGAGCUGAAUACACACAAAAGAUUUCUUUUCUUAAUUUCUGUGCACUGGAUAGAUUUAUGGAAACAAACUCAUAAACAUAAAAGUAAUCUUUAAUUCAAAGAGCAUUCUAUUAGUAAAUUAAACAUUCUCCUACACAAACUUAAUCUUAACUUUAAUCUUUGACAAGACUGACAGCCAUACAGUAGUUGAUAUGUUUACUAAUUUAUAGCCCAAACUACAUAUUUUAAAUUAUAGGUUCAAGGCAGACACAUACAAUUUGAAGCACUGUUAAAUGACUUUAUGUAAAAUAUUAUUCUGCACUGAAAAAACUAAGGUAAUAGUGAGUUUAGAUUAAUUUACUGACUCACUCUCAAACUUGUUCUGAGCCUCUCACACGCCAAAUAAUUAAGAAGUUGUAUAAACUAUAAACAAAACAUAAGCUUGACAGAUGACUUGAUUAUUUAGAGAAGAACUUGCAUAUUUAAA